CCCAGAGUGCCUCUCGGCGGGAGCGGAAGUCACUUUGCGGCAGCAGCAGCAACACGUGUCGGUAACUCGGCCUCAUUGUCGGAACAGCAGAGCUGCGUUUGAAUUCAAUCUUGUAUUUCUAUAAAAUAUCAAAAUGUUUCUUCAGUUUUAUCUGAACGAGAACGGAGAGCGUGUGUACACCCUGCAAAAAGUCUCUCCGGAUGGUAAACCCACCAGCUCGGCUCACCCGGCGAGGUUUUCCCCGGAUGACCAGUACUCUCGACACCGUGUCACGCUGAAGAAGCGCUUCGGAGUGCUGAUGACCCAGAAGCCGCGGCCCGUCCUGUAAACCACGACAUACCGGAGACCCAGGAAACAGGCUUCACCAUCCGCAGAGUACUACUGCGAAUGACCUGAACUCUGUUUCAUGCUGUAAAAAAAAACACCCGUUUCAGAUGCCAGCAGACAUUCGGAAUAAAUUCCUGCCCACGAGUCGGUUUCUUCAAAAGCAAGCUGUUGUUUUUGUGUAAUUUAACAAAAAAAAGUCCAAGUUCUGUUUUUAACCAUGUUUUUGUUAUUUUAGUUGAAGCUGUUCACUUGUAACACAAACUAAUAGUGUGUAAAGCAUAAAACAAAGUUCUCCAUAAAACCUGAGCAAAGUAAUUCCUGUUAUGGAUGAAAAAUGUCUUUCAUUAAAUGAAUUAUUCCAAUGUUUAAAGAUGGCCUCCCGACCAGGAAGAAUGGUUACUAUCAUAGAGGCAACUGGUCUGAGUUUUCAAAAGAUACAACUACUAUGAAUCAAAACUAAAUACACUUGUGAAAAAAACACAGCAAGUUUGUAUCGUUGUUUGUUUUAUGGUAAAUAAAUAGUAUUCUUGUUCUGA